UGCGCGAAAACACAAGUGCGACAGUUGUUCCUGCUUGACGGCUGAUGAUGACAAGUCAACAACAAACAUGGCAACCAGCGGCAACUACUGGGAAGAUUUGCGUAAGCAGGCCAGACAGCUGGAGAAUGAGCUGGACCUGAAGCUGGUCUCCUUCAGUAAACUCUGCACCAGCUACAGCGGCACCGGCCAUGGCCAGAGGACGAGAGACAGCAGGUCUGAGUCUCUCGCCUCCUCUCAUGACAAUAUGCUGGUUGCCAUGACUACUGAGCUGGAGCAGCUCUUGGCCAACCUCACAUCAGUCAAUGACAAAAUGGUCGAAUACACAAACACCCCUGGAGUUUCAUCACAUAAUGCAGCAUUGAUGCACACCUUACAGAGACACAGAGACAUUUUACAGGACUACACUCAUGAGUUCCACAAAACCAAAAGCAACUUCUUAAGCCUGCGAGAGCGAGAGGAUCUGCUGGGCUCUGUUCACAGAGACAUUGAGUCCUACAAGAGUGGCUCAGGGGUGAACAACAGAAGGACCGAGCUCUUCCUGAAGGAGCACGAACAUCUAAGAAACUCAGAUAGUCUUAUUGACAAUGCAAUCAGUAUCGCCAUGGCUACCAAAGAGAACAUCACAUUUCAACGUGGGAUGUUGAAGUCCAUUCAAACCAGGGUCACAACUUUAGCCAAUCGUUUCCCUGCUAUCAACAGUCUCAUCCAGAAAAUCAAUUUGCGCAAGAGGCGGGACUCUUUAAUACUAGGUGGGGUGAUUGGCGUCUGCACCAUAAUCCUGUUGCUCUACACUUUCCACUGAUCCACUGUAACAACGACAACCGACUGACCUGACGAAGAAAAACCAACAAAAAAAACAAUCUGUUGCCGGGACGUUUCUACGCUUUCAUUCUCUGCUCUUUGUUCUUCCUGCUAUGGACCGAAACAACAGUUAAAAAAAGGGACUUUAAUUAUCACAUUUAAAAAGUCUUAAUUAAAAACAGUCAAAUAUAUUUAUUUUUGGAUGUUACACUAAUGUUUCCAUCUGGAAAUUUGUACAUUUUCUGCUUGUGCCCUGUUGUGAUAUUAACUCUUUGUAGCUGAGUGAUAUUUUUACCGUGCUGCUUUUCUUAAAUAAAGGUGAUGAGCUCGAGUUUAA